UGCGCCAUCUUCUUCACUCUUUACUCUUGUUAGGCAGCAACGCUGAGCCAGUUCUCUGCUGUUACUAUGUCGUAAGUCAGACCACUCUGUCGGUAACCUAAAGUUACACAGUCAGCCAACACUUGGAAUGACGUAAUUGAGCAAGAGAAAUGAUUAGGUCUGUGUGUUUUUGUUCUCUUGGUAGUUUGUAAAACUCUUACAUUUGUAGAUCAGGAUUUCUGAUACACUUUGUGUUGUUUCUAAACAGAUCAUUCAUCAGAAAUGCUACUUAUCCUUAUGUCAGUAUUUGUCAGCAACCAAGUACUCUGCAUGAAGUAUAAAGAUGAUCAGUUAGCAGUAUUGUUCCAGCUCAUAGUUAGUUGUAUGCUUAGCGUCAUAUCAGUGAAUGUAUUCUAUGUAUUGUGAUAAUCACAAUUUAUCAUAGGCUGUUUAUGGACAUUGGUUUCAGUUGCUGGCAUUUUGCUGAAUAACUCUGGUGCUUCCUAAUUCAAUACAGUCAUUGUUUUCAACUAAGCACAGAAUAAAUACAGAAAGACUGUCUUCACUACUCUCCCAUUGUGUGUGGUUUCUGACAUCACAUUUAAUGAUUCCUGUGAAUUAACUAGAAUAUUCAUGUAGGGCUGUUAACGUAAAAGAGUGCAUUCACUUAAUUUCUUUGAAAAGCCAGGGAAGUUUUAAAUGUAGCACACAGUUGUUUGAAACUGCAGCCGUUACAUGCAUACAGAGAUGGUGAAUGGUUUGGUUGUAGCUCUGUUGUGCCUUGCUUUUAAUGUCGUUUCUCCCCGAGCUGGUGUCCGGGGGGAAGCUGUCUUUAACAGCAGCAGUGUCACUGUGUUGUAGAUGAGAGAGAGAAAUAAACAACCUCUCCAUGGAAAUGUGACCUAGUGAGGCUUCAAGUCCAAAAUGUGGACAAACCUCUGUACCGUGGGACAUUUCACUGCUUCCAGUCAAUCAUACGCCAGGAGUCGAUGCUCGGUCUAUACAAAGGCAUCGGCUCUCCCAUGAUGGGCCUGACCUUCAUCAAUGCCAUCGUUUUCGGUGUCCAGGGCAACGCCAUGCGCAAGCUUGGCUGCGACACGCCUCUCAACCAGUUCCUGGCUGGAGCCUCUGCUGGAGCCAUCCAGUGUGUUAUUUGCUGCCCAAUGGAGCUGGCCAAGACACGCAUGCAGCUGCAAGGGACCGGCGAGAAGAAGUCCAAGAGGAAGGUGUACAAGAACUCCCUGGACUGUCUGGUGAGAAUCUACAGAAAGGAGGGAAUCCGAGGUAUCAAUCGCGGCAUGGUGACCACCCUGCUGCGUGAGACACCUGGUUUCGGUGUGUACUUUCUCACUUAUGACACAUUGACUCGCUCCCUGGGCUGUGAGCCAGAAGACCCUUACAUGAUCCCCAAGCUGUUGUUUGCUGGUGGAAUGUCUGGCAUCUUUUCCUGGAUCUCCACCUAUCCCGUGGAUGUGAUCAAGUCGCGUCUUCAGGCGGACGGGGUCGGUGGCGUCAACCAGUACAGCGGCAUUAUGGACUGUGUCAGACAGAGCUUAAAGAAGGAGGGGUGGAGGGUGUUCUCACGUGGACUCACGUCCACUUUGCUGCGUGCGUUUCCAGUGAAUGCUACCACAUUUGCCACUGUGACUCUGUUUUUGUUGUACAUGCGUGAGGGAGAGGAGUGUAUCAUUCAGGACUCUGAGCCACAGUCCGUCCAGCUGCAGCCUCAGCCGACUAGCAUGUAAGCUGCAGCGAGCACUACUACAGUCAUCAGCACACCUUUGGAGUGUAGAUGGAAUUUGCAGCUUCGUGCUGAUCUCUGAUCUGUUAACUGGUGUCAGUAAUGACAACCGUGAACUGAUCCUAGGUAAGCAUCUACCCAUGGAGCUUCAGCAAAGUGACCACAUGUAGUAUUUAAAUAAUAUAUAUUUUAAAAGAUAACAGCUGCACUUGUAAAUAUGGUCUGUUUUAAAAGUCCGCGGUUUUUGGUCUUGGUUUAGUUUUAAUUAAUUUAGGAAACUUGACGGUUACAAGAGUUAUACGUGUAUGUCUGGAAUUUAUGUUAACAACAGUUAGAUGUGCCUUGAGUAUUCAGACAUCAGUUACAAAAAAAAAAACAAUCAACAAGGCUUGGCAUACUUAUGAACAUUAAUGCAUAUGUAGUAUUUUAAAGGUUUAUUCAUUUUAAGCGGUUGACCAAUCCUUAAUACUCUCAUCAUGGCGUCCAGGCCAAGUCAUCCCCUGACUGGUACCCCCGUAUACUGUGAGCACAACAUUUCAGCAUCUCCUCGUAGUGGUUACAAAUACAAAGAAAGCCAUGUACAUGUACAUGUACAUGUACACUCUCCAUGUACAUUUAUUUAUGUUGCAUUCUUCCUCUGAGGUUACGACUGUAUAUGUAGUUAAACUAAAUUUGUGGAUGCUUUCUGAAGUUUUAAUCAAGUGUGAGGUUACAGCGCCCCUCCUUUUAUUUCAGUUCUUUGACAACUUUAAUAAUCUGCUGUGGAUUCUGAAGUUCAUAAUGUAAAUAUGACAGGCUCAGAUGUGGCCCAGUUGCAGUAUGAAAACAAUCAUGUGUAAUAAUUUCUUUCACAUGUUUCACUAUAUCACACAAUGACUGCCUGAAAAACCAAAUCUGAUGCAGUUCUUAAUUUUGUUCUGGACAUUGUAGUGUCCAAAGAAAGCACCUUAUGGUAUAAUAUUCAGCACAUAUGCAGUUAAAAACAAUUUUAAAACGAAUUUUUCACUGUACAAUAGAUUUUAUAUUUUGUAUUUCCCACUAAUGCAAAAUUCUGUUAUAGUGUUGAGCGAAAACAACGGCUUGAGACCUAAAGACAACAGAUUUCAGUAGCACUUGUAUUUAAAGUUGAAAUGUUCAGUACCAAAGAUUGAACCAACCUAUUUUGCUAAUGGUUCUGUUGUCUGAAAGCAUCUGAAAUUGACCUUACCAAGUUAUUUUUUUAAUCUUUGGACAAACAGAGUCUGGUUAGGACUCUGCUUCCCUGUCAGUAUUAACCAGGACACUCCCUGUAGGACAGACAGCAGACAGGCCUCCCUGACCUCUGCACAGUAAUGUCCUGUAUUUUCUCAGUAAACAGUUGAUAGGAGUUAAAAAUUAGACGUUUUAAAAUGGAAAGAGAACACAGCAGUCAAACACACACAAAACACCUACUUGCAGGUAACACGUGUAUGAAAAUAGCUCUUAAUAGCAAAAUAAUAAAAGUUACUUUCCUCACAUGUAGCCGCCACACAUCCUCAUAUCUACAUCUGUAGGUCUGAACAGGUGCUGCUGUUACUUUUCUUAUCAGUGAGUGGCAGAUGUUAGACUGGGACUGCAGGGUCCAAAGUGCAGGUCUGAAACCACUUUGGGGUUGUCCAAAGACAUAACAAUGUCCACACUGUAAAUCUUUUUUUCUU